UACUGUAGUUCCCUCCCCAACUCUCUCAGCUCCCAAAUUUCUCAGCUCUGAGACAUAAAGGAAGCCAGCAGCACCUCUUCCAGAUUCAGGAUGAGCAAAGCAGAAGAGGUUGAGCGCCUUCCGUUGAUCUCCGUUAAGGGGGUCCCCAUGAUACCUUACUUUGCUAACGUCAUGGACGAGGUGGACGUCUUCCAAGCCCAUCCGGACGACUUACUGAUCUCCACAUACCCCAAGUCGGGUACUACCUGGGUCAGCGAGGUCAUAGAAAUGAUCUAUAAAGAUGGUGAUGAGAAGAAAUGCGGUGUUGAACCUAUCUACAUGCGAGUCCCGUUCUUGGAGUUUGCUGCUCCUGGAGUCCCCUCUGGCAUUGAGCUGCUCGAAAAAGCACCCCGUCCAUGUUUUAUUAAAACUCACCUUCCUGUCCAGUUACUCCCCAAAUCCUUCUGGGAAAAGAAUUGCAAGAUGAUCUACGUGGCCAGAAAUGCCAAGGAUGUGGUCGUCUCAUAUUAUUACUUCUACCAAAUGGCGAAAGUGCAUCCUGAGCCUGUACCAUGGAAUGAAUUCCUGGAGAAUUUCAUGGCUGGAGACAUUUCUUUCGGAUCCUGGUAUGACCAUGUCAAAGGCUGGUGGGACAAGAGAAAAGAACAAAGGAUGCUCUACCUCUUCUAUGAAGACCUGAAAGAGGAUCCACAACGGGAAAUCCAGAAGGUGAUGGAAUUCCUAGAGAGACCCCCUGAUGCUCGCCUGGUUGAAAAGAUUGUGCAACAUACCUCCUUCAAACAGAUGUGCCAGAACGAGAUGGCCAAUUACAAGAGCAUUCCCACAGCGAUCAUGGACCACACCAUCUCCCCUUUCAUGAGGAAAGGAAUCACCGGUGACUGGAAGAACCAUUUUACGGUGGCUCAAAACGAGCGCUUUGAUGCCGAUUACAAGAAGCAAAUGGAAGGGUCCACCCUGCACUUCCGGACAGAGAUCUGAUCGUUUGGGGUCCCCCCCUUGGGCAGGGCCUCCUUUCAAUGCUACGUAUUUUUUAAAAAAUAAAAAUAAAACCAACCAUUCUAUAAAUGCCACUAGCUUUAUGAACAGCAAGAAGGGUAGCAGGUUCAGGUUCAUUAAAACAAAACAAAUCCACCUUUGCGGGCUCCCGUUUGACAAAUAAAUCUUCAGGUCCAACGUUGGAGAGGAGCCCAGUGAUGGUUCCCUGGUUCCUACAUUCUGGCCCAUGUGCAGAUGGCUCUGAGGGCCCGUAAUGCUAGUUUUCUCCCUAACUGCCCUCUCUUUCUUGCACUUCCCUGCCGGUGUUGUGGGUUCGCUCUCCUUCCCUGUUUCUUACAGGGUUCAUGUGUCGGUGGCCUGCUAUUUCUCAUUCAGAUCUCCAGCACUAGUAGCAAAUGACAGCACUUGUUUUCCCUUGCUGCCCCCUAAAUGUGAAACUCCCUGCACAUGUACAUGUUGCUACCUCUUCAGGGCUGGGGUCAGAGGUCAGCUUCAUUGGGCAUCUGCCGGGGCACCUGCCCCCAAAACAGAGGGCCUAUUGCAAACAUAGGAGCCCCCGGGCCUGCUGCCCUCACUGUUCCUCCUUAAUAUUGCCAUCUGUUUGCCUGUCCCCUCAGGGCCGGUGCUACCAUAAAGGCCACUCAGGCGGUCGCCUAGAGCACCAAGCUAAGAGGGGCGCCGGGCACAGCGCAGCACUCACGCGCAUUGGCUGUGAGCCGGCCUGGCCCGAGGAUUCAGCUGGGCCUGGGCGGGCAAGAUGGCGCCCCGCGCCCGCCCAGCCGAAACAAAGCCAGGGACGCUGGGGUGGGGGUGGGGCGGCUCCACGUUCGGACUUCCGGAACACACCCAGGAGAGAGAGAGAGAGAAUGUAUGGGUGAAUGGGGUGCAGGGGGUCUUUGAGUGAAUGCACAUGUUCAUGUGUGUGUUUGUUUGGAGUGAGUGAUGCUGAGUGUGUGUUUGUGCGAGUGUGUGAGUUGGGGGGGGAUGAUUUGGAGGUGAUAUUCCUAUUAAAUAAUACAUUUUAGGCCCAUAGACGUUCCUUUCCAAUUUGUUUGCUAUAAUUGGCAUGACGUAUUUCUUACACUUUAAAAUAAAUUGAGCAGUUUCAAGUUUUGUGCUUCUUAUUUUUUCCAGGAAACAUAUUUUCUUAAAAAUCAAAGUUGGCAUUUUUUUGGGGUGGGUGGGGAAGGGGUGAAAGUAGCUCACCUUGCCUAGGGCGCAAAAUAGUCUGGCACCGGCCCUGUGUCCCCUCUAAGCGGGCCAGUAGUGUCAGGAGGAAAGAGAAGCCACCAUUUGCUUUGCCCUCUCCCUCUGAAUGUCUGGAUUGGGCUCAAAGGGAAUUGGCAGGCGAAUGGAGAACGGCAGGAGUGGCCCCUUUCAGGGGUCGAGGCUCACUAAGGGCAGCUUGCCCGGUGUCCUUCCCCCACCCCAAAUAAUCUGGACUUAGUAACUUUUUCCCUUCCUUCAAAUCCCUCCUCCUCCUCUUCCAAACCCACCUUUCUCAUGUGGCUAGGGAAUUCUUCCAGCCCAAGGGUUGAAUCCCAUUUUGGAGAAAUUCACAGAGGACUACAUUCUAGUCAUGGGCAAAGCCAAAGGCAAAAGGAGCAGGGCCAAAACACACACACCAAAGAUACAAGCCAAUUUUAGCUUAAAACUCUCACGGCCUGUAGCCGAGCUUUAGGAGAGGCCUUUCAAACCUUUCAGAAUGGGGGAAAGGUUGGAGGAAAGAGGGUGGGGCCAGGGAAAGGGGUGUGGCCUACUGGGGUUUGGCCCCUGGUCCUGUAGUCCUGCACCCCUGCUCAAAAUCUUUGCUUCCAAUUGGAGCCAAGCUUUAAGUACGCCUUUGUCCAUGCUUUCCCCUGUUUUCUGCAUUGUCUAUUUUGGAUUGGGGGCAGGGAUUUGUCCAUGUUGCCUGUGAUAAUUCUGAUCCCGGCCAACUGGAUUCGCACAACACAACAAGGGUUAAUUAAACCACGGCAGGAGUUGUGUUGUCCAAACCAGGUCAGAGUAACUUUGGAGCCAUUAAGUUUCCUCUCCAGAUUCUUCCUCUCUCCUUAUCAACCUGUGUAAAGAACAAAUAUGAACCAAUGUUUAGUUUAUUUUCUGGGUUGACAGCCUUUUAACCCUUGACUUUCUUCCUUUGGCAGCAGAGGCAGGAAGCCAUUUUAGAACAUCCGUUUGUUAUAUUGCUGAACGGAUUGCUGGUCAGUCCCUGUCUCUCUUCUGCUACUUGGUUCCUGUAGACAAUUUUGAAAGUGGAAUCUGGUAAAUUAAGGCUUGUGUCUUUUUCAUUUAGUCAUUUUUAUAAAAUUUCAGUAAAUACAUUUACAUUAUGUGCACACAUCUGCGCUACUUGAGAGAUAAACAAUACAAAACAUUGAAAUAAACGAACUCCAAAUAAUCAGA